ACUGUGCUGUGAAGCCAUGGCAAUGAAGUUGAUUUGUGGUUGUCUUCUGGCAGUUGCCAUGAUUGGCUAUCUGGCUGAUGCUCAGUAUCAGCCAACUAAGCCACAGAAUCUGUGGCCCCCGAAACCUCAGGUGACUGCACUGAAUCCGUGGCCCCCGAAACCUCAGGUGACUCCACUGAAUCCGUGGCCCCUGAAACCUCAGGCGACUUCGCAGAAUCCAUGGCCCCUGAAACCUCAAUUGCAUCCGCUGAGUCCCCAGCAUCCUCAGGUGUCUCCGCCGUCUCCGUGGAAGCCUCAGGUGUCUCCGCCGUCUCCGUGGAAUCCUCAGGUGUCUCCGCCGUCUCCGUGGCAGCCUCAGGUGUCUCCCAAGCCUCUGCAUCCGACAGACACAGUUCACAGUUGUGAAGUGGCUGAUCAAUACAAGAUACCGUGUGGAGCUAGUGGCACCACUGCUUUAGCUUGUGGUGCUCUAAACUGCUGCUUUGAUGGACAAAGUUGCUAUUAUGGCAAAGCUGUGACUCUUCAGUGCACCAAGGACGGCCAAAUUAUUGUGGUGGUGGCCAGAGACGCCACACUACCCUACCUCGACUUAGACUCAAUUUCUUUCCUUGGAAAUGAUGAAAACUGCAGUCCUGUUGGCACCACUUCAGCUUUUGCCAUAUACCAGUUCCCUGUCACUGCCUGCGGCACUGUCAAGAAUGACGAGCCUGGGAUUCUUAUCUAUGAGAACAGGAUGUCCUCCACAUAUGAAGUCGCUAUGGGACCCUACGGAAUAAUUACCAGGGACAGCCAAUAUGAGCUGGUUUUCCAGUGUAGAUAUGUCGGCUCCUCGAUUGAGGCUCUGGUCGUUGAGGUUGGCCUUGUUCCUCCACCACCCCCAGUUGCAGCUCCUGGACCUCUGCGCGUGGAGCUGAGGCUGGGCAAUGGACAGUGUACUAUGAAGGGUUGUAUGGAAGAGGACGUGGCCUACAACUCCUUUUACGUGGAUUCUGACUACCCCGUCACAAAGGUGCUCAGGGAUCCUGUGUACGUUGAAGUCCGAAUGCUGGAGAGGACUGAUCCCAACCUUGUCUUGACUCUUGGACGAUGCUGGGCAACUUCUAACCCCUACGCUCAUAGUCUUCCUCAGUGGGACUUGCUGAUUGACGGCUGCCCAUACCGUGAUGACCGUUACCAGACUGUCUUGAUCCCUGUGAAUUCCCCAGAUAUCUUGUACCCAACCCACUACAAACAUUUUGUUUUCAAGAUGUUCACAUUUGUAACUACUGUAGCUAACCAUCCUAGCAAGAAAACGACUGCAAAUGCAGAGGUCAUGGUUCCUCUCCACGAAAAGGUGUAUAUCCACUGCGACACAGCUGUGUGCCAACCCACUCUUGGAAAUAAUUGUGAACCCAGGUGCUUCAGAAAGAGGAGAGACGUUGCUGCUUUGAGCCAUGGAGGCUCCACAGCUGAGAGCACCUUGGUUAGCAGUAAGGAGCUUGUCCUCAUCAACGCAAGCAGUAUUCAGUAAUAGCAUGCAGACAGAAAUUUAUCAUGAAAUAUCUGUUCCAGAAGCUUACUAAACAGUGAUUGAGUCAAAUAAAUCUCUAAGUUGCUGAA